UUGUCAUCUUUUGCUGAAAAACGUUUCGUUUAGUUUCGUUUCGGUUUUUCAAGGAGAUUAUCUGUACUUAUAAUUAAACAAUGGAGGACAAAGCUGGGAAUAGCUCUGUGGAGAGUGUGGAAAACACCAGUUCAGUGAAGAAGACAGCAAAGCCGAAGUCUACAAAAUCACAGCGGCCAAAAUCUUCUCACCCACCAACUUCUGAAAUGGUAAACGCUGCCAUUAAGGAACUAAAGGAUCGUAAGGGAUCAUCUCUUCAAGCAAUUAAGAAAUAUAUUGUAUCGACGUACAAGGUUGAUGGAGAGAAAUUGGCACCAUUUAUUAAAAGAUAUUUGAAGUCAGCCGUUACCUCUGGCGCUGUUGUUCAGACAAAAGGUAAAGGUGCUUCUGGAUCGUUUAAACUGUCUACAAUUAAGAGCUCUGAGUCGAAAAAGAUACAUCGAACUGUCACAGUAUCGAAACUGAAGAAACCCAAGAAAUCCGUAGAGAAGAAAACGUCACCGAUUCGAAAAUCUACGUCGCCGAAGAAGUCGAAUUCCCCCAAGAAGACCGAAGAUGCUAAGAAAUCGGCAGCUGUGAAAAAAUCUACUGACAAAGCAGCUCAAAAACCUGAGAAAGUUGAAAAAGUUAAAUCUGUAACUGAAUCUAAGGUUAUGUCAAAGAGCAAAAAGACAACUAAAGCACCAGCAGCUAAGACAAAAACCCCAAAACCAAAGAAAGCUGCUGCGGCUUCCAGAACAGUGAAAUCAACAGCAAAAAAAUAAUUGCUUAAUUUUCAAAUUUUACUCUAAAUAUAAAUGGCCCUUUUCAGGGCCACAAA